GUUGUCAUUAACGUCUAUGUAAAUGACCAAGACAAUCUUCUCUUACACGUGUAGGUCUAACAAGACGAUAAGGAAAGAUGCAUCAAGUCUCUUGACUAUCAUUAGACUACGGGUCGCUAACCGAGCUAGUCAAUACACAGGAACCCUAAUAGUUGUCAACAAACAAGAGUUUAUAAUUACUUACAACCGUCAACAAACUUGUUGAUUUUUCACAUUUGAAUCCUUCCCUUGUCUUUUCUCAUUACCCUCCUUUCCUAAUAAUCAUGCCACCCAAAGAGCCAAAAGAAGAACUUGACCUUGAUGAGAAGAAGGCUCAGCUCGCGAUCAAGUUCAACAAUGCCGCGCGUCAGUUUAGUGCUCUUGCCGAGGUGCUUUCCAAGGCUGUCGCCGAAGUACCCAUCGAUGAAACGACUGUUAACAGUCUCACCGAACUUCUGAACGCCGCAAUCGCCAAACCGUCGCGUAAACGCAAGCUCGUCGCGCUUGAGAUCGGCGAGGAUGGUCUCCCCAGAAAGAGGAAGCGCGAAAGGAAAGCCAAGGAUCCCAAUGCACCAAAGGGUCCUGCCUCCGCCUACAUCCUCUUCCAAAAUGAUAUUCGUUCUGCGUACAAGAAAGAACAUCCAGACAUGUCCAACAGGGAGCUGCUAAGACUCAUUGGUGACCAGUGGAAGACGUUAUCUGACGACAAGAAAGAGUUCUACCGUGAUCAACACGGCAUGGCCAAGAAGAAACAUGAAGUUGACCUUGCUGCCUAUAAUGCCAAAAACCCCGAUCAUGUUCCCGCAGAGGCGAAGGACAGUGAGAAGAAGACAAAGAAGAAGAAAGAAGAAGAAGAGUCGGAACAUCCCCCAACGAAAGAGGUUGCAAAGGCUGCUCCCAAGGCCACUAAGAAGGCCGCUGCUCCCGUGGUUCCAAAAUCUAAAGAGGUGGUUGAAAGUUCAGGAUCUGAGGCGGAGGAAGCGUCGGAAGUUGAAGCCUCAGAUGCAGAGUCGUCAGAUGAUGAACCGGCCCCAAAAGCCAAAGCUAAGGCGACCACGGAUGAAGACUCCUCCGAUUCUGAAGUUGAUACCUCUUCCGAGGAAGAGGCUCCUCCCCCGCCUCCAACAAAGAAGUCCAGAAAAUGAUGACAAGAGUUCCCCUGCGUGAAUCGGUUCUACGUUGGUUAUCUUCGAUCUUCUUCGUAUGAUACAUAUACUCUACUAUUUUAUCGUCAGCAAGCAUAUGGCUAUUUGAUUCUUUUGAAUACUAUACAUACUAUUCUUCAAUGAACUCUCUUUUCAGGCCAUUAGCCGGAUGUAGCAUCAUAUAGGGCUUACGUAUACUGCUAUAAACACAGCAAACCUGUGACUAAUAGUCACCCAAUGUGCGUGAGCCAACUUA